GUGAAAACCUUGACCCGGAGGUGGUUCGUUGUCCUGUCAGAGCAACAGCUGAGUUGGUGAUACAGAAUGUCAAGCAAGCCUCUUAUCGAGCUAAUUUUGUGUUGAUACUGUACGAAUAGACUGCUGUAACACUACUACUUCUAAGUAUGAACUGAAGUGUUUGUCUGCUUACUUGCUUUGGAUAAAUUAAUGGCAAACAUAGAUGUUGGGAAUGCAGGGGAUCUUCAAUCUCAAAUCAUUCUCCCACAUGAUUACCCGAGUGCAGCACCACCUGUCUACCAAAUAAAUGCAGCAUGGUUGCGAGGCCCUGAUAGAAAGACCCUGUCCAGCAGCCUUGAGGAGCUCUAUGUGGCGAACACUGGGGAAAGCAUCCUCUACCUCUGGGUGGAGAAGGUCCGGGAGUUCCUUCUGGAGAAAUCCCAAAGCACAGACACAGUGGAGCAACCAGAGGUGAGAAAUAUGACAACAGAGGAGGAGGAAGUGGUGGAGGAUGUAGAAAUUCCUGAUUACCGCAAUCUGAAGCUGAACAAAGAGAAUAUACACCUCUUUGAAAAUCACUCAAGUGAUGAGGAACUACCUCCUAUAAAACUGGGGGAGACGAUAACAGAAAGACGCAGCACCUUCCAACCACACUUAGCCCCUGUGGUAACACCUAGACAGGUUAGAAUGGUUCUUGACAAGCUGUUUGAAAACAAGAAGAUUGCAAGCGCCACUCACAAUAUUUAUGCAUACAGGAUAUAUUGUGAAGAAAAGCAGAGUUUCCUGCAGGACUGUGAGGAUGAUGGAGAGACCGCAGCGGGAGGACGACUGCUUCACUUACUACAGAUCCUGGAUGUGCGGAAUGUGCUGGUGGUUGUGUCUCGCUGGUAUGGAGGGAUCCUGUUGGGUCCAGACCGUUUCAAACAUAUCAACAACUCUGCCAGGAACAUCCUGGUCCAGGAGGGAUACGCAUCCUCUGCGGAUGAGGCAUCCAAAGCUGGAGGGAAGAAUAAAAAGUCAAAAAGCAAGAAGACAAAGUAAAAUGAUAUACUCUGAAUGCUAGUCAUUGGCAAUGCUCUCUGUAAUAUUGUUGAAAGGUUUACAGAAACGAACAGACAUUUCUGACCUCUAUGAGGACUUCAAUCUCAAAAAGGUUUUGUUGUGCCUUAAACUGAAAAUGGGAAUUUGAUGGCAACUAUGUAAUGUUAGUGUCGAACAUUCAGGCUUAAGGGAAAGUAAGCCCAUCUCCUCAUAACCAUAAUGAAAACUGAUUAUGUGAGUCAUUUAUAUUAAUUAAAAAAGGGCUGCAUACAUGACUAGGAAAAUGCAUUCAUUUGUUGUAAAUCUGAUUUUCCUUCUAAGAGCAUAGCUGUAAUUUUCAGGAAUGUCUGAAAUUAUAACCAAAAUGUCUUCAUUUCGAAAAAGUCUCUUUCUCUCUCCCUUCUGUUACGCCUGUAUUUAGAUGCUUUGAUAUUUGAGUUCCGCUGUGGUUGAAUCCCCACAACUUCUGUCAUCCAAAGUACUGUUGAAUCAGUCUGAGAGUUCAGUGGACACAUCAUCUGGGUUUCACAGACAAUAAAAUCUCAUUUCCAAA